UGGUAAGCGAUGAUGCGGUCUAUGAUAGAGCACGUCGUGAACCUUUCUUUUGGCUUAGCUCACAAUUUCUCGCUCGCUCUUCUCUAAGCAUAAGAAUCUAUACUAUAGAACGAGCAAGACCAAGUAUUGACCAAGUCCGAUAGAUAGGUAUUCUUAUUUUUGUGUUUGUAAGUGUGUCUAAUAUUACUCAUGUGACUUUGACCUUGGGGGCAUAGCUGCAUGGUGGUGGCAGGGUCAUUAAUCAUUAGUAGAUUAAUUUUAGAUACCUCAUUCCACUUCAAGUGUUUGUCUUCAAGUUUAUGGGUCUCCAGAAGAUUACUCUGCAAGAAAAGUAUAAAAACUAGCGCUGCUGCGCUAUUAGCUAUACCUGCAAUAGACGAUAGAAUUUUGUUGUUGUCAUUUUGACAGUUACCAUCAAAAUAAACUGAACAUGGAGUAAAUCGUAAAAUUACAUGCGACAUGUUCUCAUUGGAGACAAAUUAACAUGAAACAUAGAAAGAGACGGAGAUGGCACAGAAUAUAUGUCAUGUAUUGUUUUGGUUGAGUCUUGUGUGGCCGUCUUUUUGCAUAGAUAUGGAUUUGGAAUCAGAUUUUCAAGAAGACCGCUGGUUGUUCAAACAUUCGCCCCAGGAACGGAAAGUGGGGCAUGAAAUGGCAUGCGCUGCUGUACGACCUACGGCGCGAGAUAUUGUCAGGCGAUUCUAUGCGAUUUUGCCGUAUUUCGACAAGGACCACACGAAUACGGCCUUCCUCCAUAAGUUCCGUGGCACAAUCUACAGCAUGUCUGACAGUGAGGAUAUGCUGGACCGCGAGGCUGGCUUCUACGCUGCAGUCCUCACUCCCUUGGUCUUCCUACAACAGUAUCGUGACACCUGGUGUCUCCUGGAACGCUUUCACAGGGCAAUAAGGCUGUAUCAAGUCUCACAUCCGACAGAAAAGAGGUCGGCGUUAAAAUUGCUUCAGAAUUUGAGAGCAGUCAAUCAGAAGAUUCGAGGAUUUAUUUUCGAGCUGCCAGGCCAGGAGCAAGCUGCCAGGACGACGUCAGCGCCAGAGAGUGAAGAUGACGACGCACUCCACGAUAAGAAGGAUAUUAGGUAUCUCAAAGAAUUGAUUAAAAACCUCGGGUAAAUAUUUAUGGCUUUUAUUUACUUAUACAUAGAUCCUUACAUAUUAUCGGUUUGCUUACAUAUAAAAUAAAAACACGAUUGGAAACCAAUUACAAUACAUUCCGCAUUGGUCACUGUGUCUAACAUUCAUUUAUGUAAUUUAAAAUUAUGGCUUGGUAACCAUUACUUUUCUAACAAUAAACAAAUAAAUUAUAUUAAAAUUUUCGUAAGACAUACUAAAUUAAUUAUUAUGUUUUCGGCUUAUUCACGUUACUAAUUUGACGAGGAACUCGACUAGUUUUAAGCCAUGCUAGAGCCUCAUAUUCAUGAGCAGCAUUCCACGAUACGCGACGCGCCGACUGACGUACUGGUACUGGUACUGGUACUACAGUAGCAGCGCGACAGUCGUCACAAACAUAAUAAUGAAUUAAAUAAUAAUAAUAAUAGCUCAUAAGAUUGUCGACAUGUGGAAUGUGGAUUCAGCAGUCAUUGUGCCGAUAGUCGUAUCUGCCAAUGGCCUCAUUGCUAAAAGCCUCGACCAACAUCUGAGUAGGCUAGCGUUAGAUGGUUGGGUCAAGGGCCUGAUGCAGAAAGCAGUACUUCUGGAUACGGCGCGUAUUGUCCGGAAAUUCCUUUCUCUGGAGCCCUGACCACCGGUAGCUUGGAUUUCUCCCGUUACUGGUGGGCUACUGCUUAUUAUAUUUUUAAAUGUUU